AUGUCGGGUUCUGUGGUCGAGUUCCAGGCGCAGAUAGCCUCAAUCAUGGAGGUGCUAGCCAACGCGGCUGUAGCCGAAAUCUGCAAAGUUGUUGACGAUGGCUAUGCGGUUGUACACCUGAAGAUGUCCCAAAGCCACAAGGAGAACGAAUUUCUCCGGAGGAAAAUGAAAUUGAUGGAACUUCAGAUCACCAGAUUUCGAACGGAUAGAACAAAGUCUUCAGAGGGGUCCGUCCACAAUCGCUUCCAUGGAAUACGCCUCCUAAACAGACACAACCACCGUGAAACGGCAACGACAGGACCUACUUGGCAAAGCAGAAACAGACUUUCCAACAGGAGUUUUGGGAACAGCAGCAUUCAAAGAGACAGACAGCCCAUAGACGUGGAUCAAGACGAUGUCUCUCCAUCAAAGCAUAUGGAUGCUACAAGUGAUGAGCAGUCAGCAGAGACAGAGGAAGGGGAACCAGACCUGCUGAUCAUCAAGGUGGAGGGAGAAGCAGAUGACCAUCACUCUAGGUUCAGCCACCCAGCUAGAACAGUGGAGGGCAGCAGAGAACUAACCACCCAACCGGCUGCAGCCACCACAGAGGACACUGCCAUUCAGUCCAGUGGCCCCAGAGGCAACAACAACUACAACACCACUAUGGAGGCCAAAUCUACUGUGGAAGGGGAGAGAGACCUCCAGCCAUGGAAGAAAGAAGAGGGUCUGAGGGAGAUCCCAGGUACUGAUAGUGGCCACAGAAUGACAGACCCAAACACACCGACCUCUCUAGACACGGACCAAAAAGAGCUCACUGAGCAGCUCAGAACCAAACACAGCAUAGUGACUGUCAACAGAUCAGACACUGUUUUCAAGUCAGACCCGGAGCCUGAGAGCCUGAGCCAGGUGUUUCAACUCACAGGUCCAAGACCUGUUGGUAAACAGCAGUGUAGCCUGAACCCCGAGAGAACAACCGAUCUGCCUGUAAACUCCCAUAAGCGAAGAGGCAGUGAUACAGCGAAUGAUCGGCCGUCUUGUUCUAGUUAUGCUGCCGAGACGGUCUCAGGAAGCCCCUCGCCUCUCACAAAGGUGAACCCCAUUCCCCCACUUCCUCAGAUGGUGAGGGGUGAACACGAGUAUUCCCAGGUCGAUUCAGAAGUCAUGUCGGAGGUCAUAGUUAUCGACCCCCUUCCUGUUGACGAUGGGGAAGAUGGGGAUGGCACGCCCUCGUCCUGGAGACAAGGUGACAUCAUGGAACCCAGGCGUCAUCAAGGAGGACAUAGUGAAGCAGAUGCCAUGCUUCUUGGAGGACAUUCGAGUAACACUUAUCAUCUUCAUCAUCCUCACCCAGGUGUCCAGCCAGCAGCGAGACAGAACUCACCUGACAAUCACUUCUACACCAUCGGCUUGGACGGCGCAUUCAACAACCGCCUCGGCACCUUUCAGAACCCCGCAACCACCACCACUCCAUACGCCACAGGAACCGAGGAGCUGCAGUACCCCACCUGGGUGGAUUUCCCUGGGAGCGGGCGACGGGACUGGGACACCCUGGGCGACGGGACUGGGACUCAUCAGGACAGAGGGCCUAGGGAGGAGGGGGCGAGGUCCUACAGGUGCACCUUCUGUGAGAGGGAGUACCCUCACCUGUGCCAGCUCAAGAUGCACCAGAGGGUUCACACGGGGGAGAAACCGUACGAGUGCGCCCUGUGUGGGAAGCAGUUCAGCCAGCUGUGCAGCCUGAAGCGGCACCAGAGAGUACACACAGGGGAGAAACCUUUCAGAUGCACUCAAUGCGGGAAACAGUUCUCUCAUUCCAGCAAUUUAAAAGUGCAUCAGAGCGUCCAUACGGGUGAGAAACUGUUCCACUGCACCCAGUGUGGGAAGAACUUCUCCUUUCUGAGCAAUCUGAUAAGACACCAGACAGUUCACACACGGAAAUUAUAGGUUGUGUUGUGAUUUGGGACUGUGAUUCUGAAUUGAUUGUAAAUUGUAUGUGUAUGAUUGCUCUGGCUUAAAGGUUGUUACCUGUUUCUCCCCUGACUGUUAUUUUGUAUUCUGGAGCCUUUUGUAAAAAUGUUAUAAAAAGAAGUGACACUAAAUUUUUGACUGCAGAUUAUUAUAUUGGUUCAUGUUGGUUAUUUUUGUCUAAAAUGUUCAACUUAUUGUAUAAAUUCCUACAGUAUUUGUGAUGCAAAGUGUUGAAAAUAAUCAGGAGAAACUAAGAUUUUGUCACAAUCAACAUGCUUGUGUUAAAGUUCAAAAGAAAUAAAGCAACUCAUGGGAAAUUUGAAAAA